UCUGAGUUUCAGGUAACUAAGUGCUUGCUGUGCAGAGAACUUUACCUGGGCACCCAAGUCUUCCUUCCAGCAUUCCUGCUGCUACUGCCUAUUUGCUAAGAGUAACCAGGGGUUUCAACAGCGUUGCCAGGCAACGAGGGACAGCGGUCCUGUUGAAGAGCCAUUUGUCACACUAAGGGGACUGGUUGAAAUGCAAUAAAGAAAUGAUACCAGCUGCUACUCAUGUCUUCGCCAUUGCUAAGAACAUCUUGGGUAUUACCUCAGUGUGAAAACGUGUCUGCAGUUUCCUGAAAAUGGAGAAUCUCAACAUUACUUAAAGUAUCCUGCUUUAAAGUGUUGCUGGCAAGUGGCACGGGCCUCAUUAUUUAUUUAGGAAUGCUUUAUCCGGAGGAGAAUGCUUUUUUAUAAACAUGAAUUGCCUCGUUCUCUCGCUGGGCUUCGGCUUCUUAUUUCAGGUCAUUGAAACAUUGAUCUUUGCCUAUUUUGCUUCGAUAUCGUUGGCUGACUCACGGGGUCUUUUCCCAAGGCUGGAGAAUGUGGGAGCUUUCAAGAAUGUUUCAAUUGUGCCAACUCAAGCAAUGUGUGGACUCCCAGACCGAAGCACUUUUUGUCACAGCUCCGCUGCUGCUGAAAGUAUUCGGUUCUGUACCCAGCAGUUUUGCAUUCAGGACUGCCCAUACAGAUCUUCAACUCCUACCUACACUGCCCUUUUAUCAGCAGGCCUCAGUAGCUGCAUCACUGCAGACAAGAAUGAUCUGCAUCCUAACUCCAGUAAUAAUUCUACAAGUUUUAUUUUUGGAAAUCAUAAGAAUUGCUUUUCUUCUCCUCCUCCUCCAAGGCUGGCGGCGUCAUUUACUCUAGCUGUGUGGUUGAAACCUGAGCAAGAAGGUGUAAUGUGUGUUAUAGAAAAGACAGUGGAUGGGCAGAUUGUGUUCAAACUUACAAUAUCUGAGAAAGAGACCAUGUUUUAUUAUCGCACAGUAAAUGGUUUGCAGCCUCCAAUAAAAGUAAUGACACUGGGGAGAAUUCGUGUGAAGAAAUGGAUUCAUCUCAGUGUGCAGGUGCAUCAGACAGAAAUCAGCUUCUUUAUCAAUGGUUUGGAGAAGGACCACACAGCUUUUGAUGCAAGAACUCUAAGUGGUUCAGUUACAGAUUUUGCCUCUGGUACUAUGCAAAUAGGACAGAGUUUAAAUGGUUUAGAGCAGUUUGUUGGAAGAAUGCAAGAUUUUCGAUUAUACCAAGUAGCACUUACAAACAGAGAAAUUCUGGAAGUUUUUUCUGGAGAUCUGCUCAGAUUGCACAUCCAAUCACAUUGCCGCUGCCCUGGCAGCCACCCGCGGGUCCACCCUUUGGUACAGCGCUACUGCAUUCCUAAUGAUGCAGAAGAUGCAACCAAUAACAGAGCAUUACGGUUGAAUCCUGAAGCCCAUCCUCUUUCUUUUGUCAAUGAUAAUGAUGUUGGUACUUCGUGGGUUUCAAAUGUGUUUGCAAACAUUACUCAGAUUAAUCAAGGAGUAACUAUUUCAGUAGAUUUGGAAAAUGGACAGUAUCAGGUGUUUUAUAUUAUCAUUCAGUUCUUUAGUCCACAACCAACAGAAAUAAGGAUUCAAAGGAAGAAGGAGAACAGCUUAUAUUGGGAAGACUGGCAAUUUUUUGCUAGAAAUUGUGGAGCCUUUGGAAUGAAAAACAAUGGAGAAUUGAAAAAUCCUGAUUCUGUCAACUGCCUCCAGCUUCCCAAUUUUACUCCAUAUUCCCGUGGCAACGUCACAUUUAGUAUCCUGAUGCCUGGGCCAAAUUAUCGUCCUGGAUACAAUGACUUCUAUAAUACUCCAUCUCUUCAAGAGUUUGUAAAAGCUACACAAAUAAGAUUUCAUUUCCAUGGGCAGUACUAUACAACAGACACUGCUGUCAACCUCAGACACAGAUAUUAUGCAGUAGAAGAAAUCACCAUUAGUGGAAGAUGUCAGUGCCAUGGCCAUGCCGAGACCUGUGACACGACCAGCCAGCCAUACAGAUGCAUCUGCUCACAGGAAAGCUUCACUGAAGGACUUCUUUGUGAUCACUGCUUGCCUCUUUAUAAUGACAAGCCUUUCCGCCAAGGUGAUCAAGUUCACGCUUUCAAUUGUAAACCUUGUCAAUGCAACCGCCAUUCCAGAAGCUGCCACUACAACAUCUCAGUAGACCCAUUUCCUUUGGAGCACCUCAGAGGGGGAGGAGGAGUUUGCGAGGAUUGUGAACAUAACACUACAGGAAGGAACUGUGAGCUAUGCAAGGAUUACUUUUUUCGACAAGUUGGUGCAGACCCUUCAGCCAUAGAUGUUUGCAAAUCUUGUGAUUGUGAUAAAGUUGGCACUAGAAACAGUAGCCUUCUUUGUGAUCAGAUUGGAGGCCAGUGUAAUUGUAAGAGACAUGUGUCUGGCAGACAGUGCAAUCAGUGCCAGAAUGGAUUCUACAAUCUACAAGAGUUGGAUCCUGAAGGCUGCAGUCCCUGUAACUGCAAUACCUCUGGGACAGUGGAUGGAGAUAUUACCUGUCACCAAAAUUCAGGCCAGUGCAAGUGCAAAGCAAACGUUAUUGGGCUUAGGUGUGAUCAUUGCAAUUUUGGAUUUAAAUUUCUCCAAAGUUUUAAUGAUGAUGGAUGUGAGCCCUGCCAGUGUAACCUCCACGGCUCAGUGAACAAAUUCUGCAAUCCUCUUUCUGGGCAGUGUGAGUGCAAAAAGGAAGCCAAAGGACUUCAGUGUGACACCUGCAGAGAAAACUUCUACGGAUUAGACAUCACCAGUUGUAAAGCCUGUGACUGCGAUCCAACUGGAUCCCUCCCUGGAACUGUCUGUAAUGCUAAGACAGGACAGUGCAUCUGCAAGUCCAGAGUUGGAGGGAAACAGUGCAAUGAAUGCUUGGAGGGAAACUUUUACUUACAGCAAAACAGUUCUUUCCUCUGUUUGCCUUGUAACUGUGAUAAGACUGGGACAAUAAAUGGCUCUCUGCUGUGUGACAAAUCAACAGGACAGUGUCCUUGCAAAUUAGGGGUAACGAGUCUUCACUGUAAUCAGUGUGAGCCUCACAGGUACAAUUUGACCAUUGACAAUUUUCAAGGCUGCCAGAUGUGUGAGUGUGAUUCCUCCGGGACAUUACCUGGGACCAUUUGUGACCCAAUCAGUGGCCAGUGCCUAUGUUUACCUAAUCGUCAAGGAAGGAGGUGUAAUCAGUGUCAAUCAGGCUUUUAUAUUUCCCCAGGCAAUGCCACUGGCUGCCUGCCAUGCUCAUGCCAUACAACUGGUGCAGUUAAUCGCAUCUGUAACAGCCUGACUGGUCAGUGUGCUUGCCAAGAUAGAUCCAUUACUGGGCAAAGUUGUGACCAAUGUAAAGACCAUUACUUUGGAUUUGAUCCUCAGACUGGAAGAUGUCAGCCUUGUAAUUGUCAUCUCUCAGGAGCCUUGAAUGAAACCUGUCACUUGGUCACAGGCCAGUGUUUCUGUAAACAAUUUGUCACUGGCUCAAAGUGUGAUGCUUGUGUUCCCAGUGCAAGCCAUUUGGAUGUCAACAAUCUAUUGGGUUGCAGCAAAACUCCAUCCCAGCAACCUCCACCCAGAGGACAAGUUCAAAGUUCUUCUACUAUCAACCUCUCCUGGAGUCCUCCUGAUUCUCCAAAUGCUCACUUGCUUACUUACAGUUUACUCAGGGAUGGUAUUGAAAUCUAUACCACUGAAGAUCGAUACCCAUACAGUAUUCAGUACUUCUUAGACACUGACUUGUCACCAUAUACCUCAUAUUCCUAUUACAUCAAGACCACCAAUGUGCACAGUUCAACAAGAAGUAUAGCUGUCACUUACAGGACAAAGCCAGGCAUCCCAGAAGGAAACUUGACCUUAAGUUAUAUCAUUCCUAUUAACUCAGACUCUGUAACACUUACCUGGACUGCACUCUCAAAUCAUUCUGGUCCUAUAGAGAAAUAUAUUUUAUCCUGUGCUCCUUUGGCUGGUGGUCAGCCAUGUGUUCCCUACGAAGGUCAUGAAACCUCAGCUACCAUCUGGAAUCUGGUUCCAUUCACCAAGUAUGGGUUUUCUGUGCAGGCUUGUACUAGUGGAGGCUGUUUACACAGCUUGCCCAUUACAGUGACCACAGCCCAGGCUCCUCCCAACAGGCUGAGUUCACCCAGGGUGCAGAAAAUCAGUUCUACAGAACUUCAUGUAGAAUGGUCUCCACCACUAGAACCAAAUGGAAUAAUGAUAAGAUAUGAACUAUACAUGAGAAGAUUGGGAUCUCCAGAAGAAACCAUAUCUGAAGAAAGUCGAGUUUUUCAGAGCAGUGGCUGGCUCAGUCCUUACUCAUUUGCAGAAUCAGCCAAUGAAAAUGCAUUAAAACCUCCUCAAACAACUACAACCAUCACUGGCUUAGAGCCAUACACCAAGUAUGAGUUUAGAGUCAUAGCUGUGAAUAUGGCUGGCAGUGUGUCUUCUACCUGGAUCUCAGAAAGAACAGGAGAAUCAGCGCCUGUGUUCAUGAUCCCGCCUUCAGUCUUUCCCCUCUCAUCAUACUCUGUCAAUGUCUCCUGGGAGAAGCCAGCAGAUAAUAUUACAAGAGGAAAAGUUGUGGGGUAUGACAUCAAUAUGGUUUCUGAGCAAUCACCUCAGCUAUCUAUUCCAGUGGUGUUUUCACAGCUGUUGCAUACUGCUAAAUCCCAAGAACUAUCUUAUAUUGUAGAAGGACUGAAACCUUAUAGGAUAUAUACAUUUACUAUCACUCUCUGCAAUUCAGUUGGUUGUGUAACCAGUGCUUCUGGAGUGGGACAAACGUUAGCAGCAGCACCAGCCCAGCUGAAGCCACCUUUGGUUAAAGAAAUCAACAGCACAACAAUCCAUCUUAGAUGGUUUCCACCUGAAGAACUAAAUGGACCCUCCCCCAUAUAUCAGCUGGAAAGGAGAGCGGUAUCUCUAUCAGCUCUGUCGGCCAUGAUGAUGAAAGGAAUCCGUUUCAUAGGAAAUGGGUAUUGUAAAUUUCCCAGCUCCACUCACCCAGUCAAUACAGACUUUACUGGUAAGUGUGUUUGACGUUGCUUUAUUUAAGAGAUGCUAAGUCCCAAGGUGUUUUGUAUUAUUUUGAUAUUCCUUCAUAAUGAAUUUUUAAAAUACCUAUUUAUAUAAAUACUAAUUUAGCCCUUCUAUACCUGUUGUCUGGUUGUGUCAACAUGUCCUUUUUUAAUAGUAUUCUGGAAGAAAAAGGUGGGAAAGGAAAUAAAAAAAACGAUGUGGAGAAAUAGUCUCACUGGAUUGAAGUAUGUACUUGAGAUGGGUCUUAGACACUAUUUGCCGGAACAUGUUCCUCAGAAUGUUUUUCAUUGUAUUCUGUGGCUGGAUGAGUUUGAGAAAUACCCCCAUGCUGUUGGAGAUUCUCAAUGAACAUCAUAUUACUAAAGCCCCUAAAAAGAAUGAUAAGAAUGAUAAGAAAGCUGUUUAACUUUGUUUCACUGAGUAUGCCUGUUAGGUAUGGGAAGUAAUUUUUUUUAUUUAUUUAUUUAGUGUAUCAAUUAUUAAUAUUAUAGGUUCUGUGGAGAGCAUAAUGGGAAAAACUAAUUUCAGGGAAAACAUAACUUAUCUGGGCCCCAGGACUGUGGUAAAACGAGCAGGGUUCUUGCCUCAGGCAUAAAAUUUAAAGGCACUAAAAAACCCCAUAUUAAUGCAAAUAUUUUAAUGCAAUAUAAAAAAAUGAAAAUCAAUGCAAAAAAAAGUCUACAAAAAAUACUAUCAAAAUUUUAAAUAAAGACAGAAUUGAAUCCUGCACUUAAAGAAUCCUGCCUCACUUGCCUUACCCUUCUCCUGGUUUUCUUAGUACCACAAUAUUCUGGAAGUCCCAUGGCUGUUAUAAAGUAUAGCUCCUAAUAGUACUAUUUAAAUUAGGCUAUAGAAAUUAUAACUGUUUAUAGCACAUACUUUACUUUUCCCAAUUUAAAAUAAAUUUACAAAGUAUUAGGUAUAUAUUAUUCUGUAAAUUCAUAAAGAUAUGCAUUUAACCCACGAGAAAGUCAUUUUGGAACAAAUAGCUAGUUUUUAAAAUAUUGCAUAUGUGAGAACAAUGAAAUGGAAUUUGAAUUAUAAAAAAUUAUUCUUUUAUUUUCACCUAAAAUAGUAAAUAGUUUUUCAUUGAGGCUGGCUGCUGAUAUACCUUUGCAAUGAAUCAUGAUUAUGCCCUAGCUGAGAUGUAUUGAGAUUAAUGCAUGUUUAACUACUUUCCCAGUACAUCACUGAGUAUUAGAAAUUGAACCAUUGAACUCUUUUCUUCUAAAAUAUUCAACAACUUCACUAUAUUCUUAAAAUGGCAAAA